AUGCUAUUAUUUACGUUUUUGGCCACUCUCGAAAGUAAAAUUAGUGAAUCUGAAAGUGAAAAAUUGCGAAUCUGUGUUGUUGAAGAGCCUGAAGAUGUUUAUAAUAAGCGACAAAAGUACUGUGAAACACUCAAAAUGUCAUCUAAAGUGAGUUGUAUAUGGGGUGUCGAUCGUUUAGAUUGUAUUCGGCGCGUUCAAAAAGGUCAAGCAGAUUUUUCCGUAUUUUCUUCUGAAGACUUAUUAGCAGCAAGAUGGGCAGCUGCCGAUAUUUUAGUAACGAGCGAAUUGAGAUAUCAUAACAGUAAAUUUGAGUAUGAUAUUGUAGCUGUCGUAGAUAAUGAAGCAAAAAUCCAUUCGGUUAAUGAUUUGCGCGGAGCAAAAUAUUGCCAUGGGCAUGGAUUUGGUUUAGGAAUGAAAUCUCAUUGGACUAAAGUAAUAUCGAAUUAUUUGGAAGCUGUAGUAAUUCCGCGAGAUUGUAGCAAUGAGUAUACAAUGAGUGAGCUUCGAAUAAAAGCAUCUUCUGAGUUCUUUGGACCAUCAUGCAAAGCCGGAAUUUGGGAUGAAGAUCCUGUUAGAGAUAAGAAAUUAAAAAAUAGAUAUCCAAACUUGUGUCAACUUUGUUACAAUAAAUGUGAUAUUGGAGAUAAACAUUGGGGGCGUCGAGGAAGUUUAUAUUGUCUCACAAGCGGCGGAGGAGAUAUUAGUUUUUCGAGAUUAGAUGAUGUGAAAGUUCAUUUUGGGUUAACAGGUACCUCUUCUGAUGCAGAUCCUAACAAUUACAGUUUUCUUUGCUUGGAAGGCGGUUUACAGCCAUUGAAUACGACAAAUCCUUGUACAUGGGUAACAAAACCUUGGUCAGUAAUUGCUGCACGAAGAAAACAAGCGACAAGAGUUCAAUCAUUAAUGGAUGAUCUUAUACACACUGAUGUUCCAUGGAAAAGUACAUUUUUGCUUCUCGUCGAAAAUUAUUAUGUAAAUUUAACAAAUGUUGAUAUAAUGGUUCCUAUCGAUGAUUAUAUUGACGAGUCGCCUGGAUAUCAAAGUGCUUAUAGUUUUCCGCAAUGUAAUCCUCCGAGAUCAAUAGUUUAUUGUACAACAUCAAUUGUUGAGUUUAACAAGUGUUCAUGGUUACAAGAAGUAUCAGCAGUUCAAGGCAUCGAGCCUGGAUUACAAUGUAUACGAAAAGAAAGUGUUUCAAAAUGUAUGGAAGCUGUUUUAAACAAUGCUGCGGAUGUUGUUCGCGUAAUGAGUGACGACAUGAUCGAAGGAAUGAAAUAUUACAAACUUGAACCUAUUUUGCAAGAGUACGUUAAGCGCUUUGAAAUGAAAGAAAUGAUAAUGGCAGUAACGACUUCGGACAAGAAAUUCGACCAUUUUAACGAUUUACAUGGAAAAUCAAUUUGCCUACCAAAAUAUAUGGGGACAGCAUAUGCGAGUGUUUAUGCCACGAUAAAAGAAAUUCAUAAAGAAAAGAAUCUUCGUACUAAAUCCAUAGAUAUAAGUGAUUUCUUUGCUAAAAAUUCAUGCAUUUGGAGCCCAUAUUCGCAUGGAUCAGUGUGUAGAGAUAGUUUUAAGGGAGAAAAUGGAUCGGUGAAUUGUCUUUUGAAUGGACACGAUGUUGCUUUUAUUACAUAUGGUACGUUUGCUCGAUACGCAAAUCAAUCGAAUUUGAAACCAAUUUGUUUAUUUUUAUCAUCAAAUGCACCAAAUCGUUGCUACAUUAAUUGGUUUAGCAAAUCUUCUUUGAUGGUAAAUCGAAAUUUGUCUGAAAAAAGAAAAGCUGAAAUUUACAAUUCUUUAAAACUCAUUGAUAAAUAUUUUGGUAAGCAAGACGGGCAUCAAAUGCGUCUUUUUGCAAAGUUUGAAGGGCAGAGCAACGUCAUGUUUGAUGACUCAACAUAUGCGUUACAAAAUACAAGCGAUAUAUUAAAGAUGGAUAGAACUGAACGAUUUUUGACCUCUGAAACAAUAUUUGAACUCUCACAGAUGCAUUUCAAUAUGAAAUCAGGAUGUAUUAAACGUGAAACAACGUUGAAAAUGUUAGCAAUUUUCCUAUUUUGCAUUUACUUUCUUUCAUAAGUCUUAAACAAUAGGAAUUUUAAUAUUGAAUUAGUAGUAUUUGAACUUUAUUUAUCGUCUUUCGAACUAUUCAGUUUUGUGAUUAUUUUUCAUA